AUGAGACCGUUAACUAUAAGUAGUUUUGUUCGUAUUUUACUGGUAGUAUUCCUCCAUCAAGUAAUAUUAUGCGUCAAGAUCCACGCUUCAGACACUUUUACAGCUCACAUGCUUGGAAUCUUUGUUAGUGACAACGAGUUACCUUGCGAACAUCACGUUCUUAAACAGACAUUGGAAAUAGCAAAGGAGAAAGUGACAACCCUCUACCCUCACAUUGCAUUCCAUCUGGUUGUCCGCAAUAGCGAAACCUUGUGCAAUGCCAACAUGGCUGCCAUUUUCGCGGCGGAAGAAUAUUAUCGGCGCAAAGUUACUGCGUUCAUUGGUCCUGGUUGUUCGACUGGUUUGGAACCUGUAGGAAAUAUGGCGUCGUAUUGGAAUCUUCCUGUCUUCUCAUCUGGAGGGAUCGACAACAAGUUUUCAAACAAGAUCAUUUACUUAACACUUACCCGACUAGGCUUCUCUCUUCAAAGACUGAGUGAAUUUGUUCUGGCCACAAACCACCAGUUUAAUUGGCACCGAAUAGCCAUUGUGGUGGACGAAACUGACCACCUUCACAUUUUGAUGAGACAGAGUUUAGAACUAGCACUGUAUGAAGUUGACCACGAGGUGCACAUUGGAUUGCACGCUUUUUCCAGAACAGCUCGUCUUCAGGCCAAUUUUACUAACAUCCUUCAAGAAGGAAGCCAGUACGCUAGAAUUUUUAUCCUCGUGGCUAAAGGAUACACUGUUAGAAACAUUCUUUUGGCUGCUCAUGACCUAGGGAUGUCUAAUGGAGAAUACGCUUUUCUUACAAUAGAACUAUUCAAAAACAAACGUAGCUUUGGAGACUUUUCGUGGUUCGUACCUGGUGAUAGCAGGAAUAAGGAUGCGCGAAAAAUCUACGAAUCCCUUAUGGUCUUCUCAGUUCGUGUUCCAACAAAUCCAGAGUACGAAACCUUUAUCAAAGAUACGAUAACCCGCUCAAACAAGGAAUUUAACCUAACUUUGGAUGAUACUGCGGUUAAUGUGAUGGUUGCAGGAUUUCAUGACUGUGUUUUGAUGUACGCUUGGGCUUUAAACGAAACACUGGCUGUCGGUGACGAUCCUUUGGACGGCUACAAUUUGAUACGAAGAGUUUGGAAUAACACGUUUCAUGGAGGUUUGACCGGUGAUAUUUAUAUUAACGAGAACGGAGAUAGAGAAGCAGAUUACACUUUGAGUGACAUGGAUCCGAAGACAGGAGAAAUGAGGGUUUUGAGAACACCGUUAGAUGUUAAUAUCUCUGAGUUUGCUUCCGAUACCCAGGUUUUGAGAACAUCGUUAGAUGUUAAUAUCUCUGAGUUUGCUUCCGAUACCCAGGUAUUGAGAGCAUCGUUAGAUAUUAAUAUCUCUGAGUUUGCCUCCGAUACCCAGCCUGUUGCUCUCUAUCUCGGACCUCGUAAAGAAUAUCAACCAAUAGACGGAGUUAAUAUUCACUGGCCAGGCGGGAAAGGACCACCCCCUGACGCUCCAUAUUGCGGUUUCUUUGGGGAAAAUCCUCAGUGUCAAGACCGGGAAGAGAUCGCUUCGAAUAACGUGGGUGAUCGUGCCUUACAGAAACGUUGUGUUGGAAUGUACAAGUUUCGGUUAAUGUUCCAGGGGAUGCACGUGUCUAUCACGUUUCUGGACGUCAAACGACUGAUCGUAACUAGGAACCUUUUACUUGAGCUAAAACAGAUAAGGGAUAUAACUCAUGAAAAUUUGGUACGAUUUAUCGGCCUGAGUCCUGAAGAACCUAAUGUUUCACUGCUAAUGGAACACUGCCCCAGGGGAACGCUACAGGACCUCUUAAGCAACGAUAGUAUGAAGAUAGACUGGCCUUUCAGAUUCUCCAUCAUAAGUGACAUUGUGGAGGUCCCAACAUCUCCUAAAGUUGUGAAG